AUGGAUAAGGAGGACAUCACUCAGAUGGACCCUGGCCAACGUUCCAGCGACGAUCAAAACAGCGCUGAGAAGGGAUACUUUGAGCAAGUUAACCUGAACAACAAUUUGUCUGCCAAGAUCAAGAAUCCUUUGGCCGACUUGACCAAGAACCAGGUGCUCCGCAACGUGGAAGAGUUUGCCGAGGAAUACAACGUGGCAGACAUCCUACCCCAGUUGAAGAAAGGAGCACUUGUUGCGCGUAACCCUACCGAGUUUGAAACAGUGCCAGACUUGACCGAGCCGGAGCUCACUGCCCUGCGUAACGAGACGCUUCACAAGUGGCGCCAGCCUAAGGCACUUUAUUUCACCAUCAUCCUAUGCUCUAUUGGUGCAGCCGUGCAAGGAUGGGAUCAGACUGGAUCCAAUGGCGCUAACCUGUCGUUCCCUGAUGCUUUUGGUAUUUCCGAUGAUCCCAAGAAGAGCCCUCACGCUGAUCGAAACCUGUGGCUCGUUGGAAUCGUCAAUGCUGCUCCCUACAUUGCCAGUGCAUGCCUUGGAUGUUGGCUCUCCGAUCCAUGCAACCGGAUUCUUGGCCGGCGCGGAACAAUUUUUAUCUCAUCUAUCUUCUGUGUCCUUACUCCCAUUGGUUCCGCAGUGGCCCAGAACUGGGAACAGUUGUUUGUGGUCCGUCUUCUCCUGGGAAUUGGAAUGGGUCUCAAGGCGUCGACAAUUCCAAUCUUUUGUGCUGAGAAUACUCCUGCUGUUAUCCGUGGUGGUCUGGUCAUGUCCUGGCAGCUCUGGACCGCUUUUGGUAUUUUCCUUGGAUUUAGUGCCAACCUUGCUGUCAAAGAUACUGGUAAACUAUCCUGGCGUCUACAGCUGGGAUCCGCCUUUAUCCCGGCUAUUCCUCUUCUAUUCGGCGUUUACUUCUGCCCAGAGUCACCUCGCUGGUACAUUCGACGAGGUGAGAUGGGCAAGGCAUAUCGGUCUCUGUGCCGUCUCCGGAACACCCCUUUGCAGGCUGCUCGCGAUCUUUACUAUAUCCAUGCUCAGAUCAAGAUUGAGAUGGACCUAAUCGGCAAGAGUAACUAUGUCACCCGGUUCAUUGAGCUCUUCACUAUCCCUCGAGUCCGCCGUGCGACUCUUGCCUCAUUCGUUGUCAUGAUUGCCCAGCAGAUGUGCGGUAUCAACAUCGUUGCCUUUUACUCGUCAACUGUCUUCAAGAACGCCGGCGCAAACGAUACACAGGCUUUGUUCGCUUCUUGGGGCUUUGGCUUGGUUAACUUCGUGUUCGCCUUCCCUGCUAUCUGGACCAUCGAUACAUAUGGUCGUCGCACUCUAUUGUUGUUCACCUUCCCGCAGAUGGCAUGGACUUUGCUUGGAGCUGCUUUCUGCUUCUGGACCCCCGAGGGUACAGGUCACCUUGCUUCGAUCGCUUUCUUCGUCUUCCUAUUCGCUGCAUUUUACUCGCCUGGUGAAGGACCCGUACCAUUCACAUAUUCGGCUGAGGUAUUCCCUCUUUCUCACCGAGAGGUUGGCAUGUCCUGGGCUGUAGCAACCUGCCUCGGAUGGGCUGCUGUGCUUUCAAUCACGUUCCCCAAGAUGCUGAGUGCCAUGACCGCCACAGGAGCAUUUGGCUUUUACGCUGGCCUCAAUGUGACUGCAAUGGUCAUGAUCUUCCUUUGGGUCCCCGAAACCAAGCAGCGCACCCUUGAAGAGCUGGAUUAUAUCUUCGCAGUUCCUACCCGGGUCCACAUGAAGUAUCAAGUCACCAAAGCACUGCCAUAUUGGUUCAAGCGGUACAUUUUCCGCCAGAAGGUUGAGCUGGAACCUCUCUACCAUUUUGACCAUAUUGCAAAUGGUAACGAGGUUGUCACCGUGUCGCAGAAACAAAGUGCCGAUGAUGUGAAGUUGUAG